AUGGAGGCAGCAUCGCGGCGGAUAUUAUCUAGUGGCGUGCGAUUGCACCCGUCAAACCCACUCCUAUCGAAAGCUCAUUCCCGCUCCCUCAUUCCCGCCACAACCGUCCUUUCCCACCACAGUCCUUCCUCUUCAGCCUCCUCAUUGACAUGUUCCAACUCAUUCCGGCACUUUGCAAGCACCUCACGAUCCCUGGCUGGGGAGAGUUCCUUCGCCGGUUUCCCCUCCAGCGUUCAAGGUGGGCCGACUUCCUACUUCUCGCAGCGUCAAUCGCUGCCCAUGAACACGGUGAUUAGGUUCGUUCCUCAGCAGACCGCGUGGAUUGUGGAGCGGAUGGGCAAGUUUAAUCGGAUUCUGGAACCUGGAUUGGCUAUCCUGGUGCCGUUUUUGGAUCGAAUUGCAUACGUGAAGAGUUUGAAGGAGGCGGCUAUUGAGAUUCCAAGCCAGAAUGCGAUUACGGCGGACAAUGUCACGUUGGAAUUGGAUGGGGUGUUAUAUACGAGAGUUUUUGAUGCAUAUAAGGCUAGUUACGGUGUUGAAGAUGCCGAAUACGCCAUCUCUCAGCUUGCUCAGACGACAAUGCGUUCUGAAAUCGGCCAGCUUACUUUAGACCAUGUGCUAAAGGAACGCGCAACGCUUAAUACGAACAUUACACAAGCCAUUAACGAGGCAGCGCAGGACUGGGGUGUUGUCUGUCUCCGAUAUGAAAUCAGAGACAUCCAUGCUCCCGACGGGGUCGUUGCCGCUAUGCACCGCCAAGUCACCGCGGAGCGAUCCAAGAGGGCCGAGAUCCUAGAAUCCGAGGGACAGAGACAGAGUGCUAUCAACAUUGCGGAGGGUCGUAAGCAGUCCGUCAUCCUUGCUUCAGAGGCACUUAGGAGCGAACAGAUCAACAUGGCAACCGGUGAGGCAGAGGCGAUCAUGCUCAAGGCUAAUGCAACUGCGAGGGGAAUCGAAGCUGUUGCCAAAGCCAUUAAAGACGGCCAGGAGAAUGCACAGGGUGCUGUUAGCUUGAGCGUUGCGGAGAAGUAUGUCGAGGCAUUCUCGAAGCUGGCGCGCGAGAGUACGGCCGUUGUCGUUCCCGGGAAUGUUGGGGAUAUUGGUGGGAUGAUUGCUAGUGCCAUGGCUGUCUAUGGAAAGGUCAAUGAGAGUCAGGCUAGGAGUAUGGCUGCGAAGGCGAUUGGUGUGCAAGGGUCGCAUGAUCAGAGUGGAGCGGGUGAAGAAGUUUCCGGGAGGCCGAGGGCGGGAGAGUUGACACCGCAAGAGUUUGGAGACGCUAGUUCUCCUGCUGCUGGCACAGGCCAGCAAAGGGGGCUUGCGGAUAGCGUACUUGAGGGUUUUGAUCAGACGAGCCGACGGAGGAAGCUAUAA